CAUUGUUUGUUGCACCCAUUGAGUCACACGUAAUACGUUGGUCAUGUACACGUGCUGUACAGUACAAGCAUUGGUUGGCGGCUGUUUACAUAAUGUCAAAACGUUAAAUAAUAAUUACAGCACACGCGAGUCAGCGUCAAUCCGCGGCUGUCUUGCAGCACGCGUCACGUGUACCAUGAACUGGUGUAUGCGCGGUGUCUCCGCAUCGCGGCUCUACGACACUCCGCGUCAUCGCUACUGUACUACCCUGUUCCGGUGCACGUGACUUGUGGGUCGUUUAUGCGGACCCACACGGCGUGCCGCGACCGUAUAUAACCCCACGGUGCCGAAGAUUCCGUACAGUCGUUCACUCGCGUCCGUUGUUCAUUUACACACGAUAUCUCGUCUAAUCAUAAAAUCGUAAUAAUAUCAUUUUACAUAUUAUUAUAUAUUAUACCGAAGUGGUGACCGCGGUAAAUCAAAAGCCAAUAACGGCAGUCAAGGGCAUUACUAUUGACCACGUCAUGCCGAGCUACGACGACCAGACUACCGACCCAACAGCGGGACAACGCGAUUGCGGUUCAUACAUGUCUUGCAACCUAAUGAUGUACGAAGACGGUGGUGGAGGCGGUGGUGGUGGCAGCGGCAGCAGUAGUAGUGGUGACGACUCAAAUUUCAGUGGAAACGGAGGCAGCGAUUUUUACGAGGAUUCCGGAAGUUGGUCAGAGGACGGUAUCAGCUGUGUGGACGCCAACACCUCUUUGUGUGGCAGUGCCGACGAGGGUUGCUACAGCGGAAAAUCGUCAUCGAUCCGCGGUGGCGAUGGCAGCAGCAGCAACGGAAGUAACAGUGAUUGCGGCGGUGGCGGUAUCAACAGGGGCAAGUGGUUGAAGUCGUUGCGCACUGUUAUCGACCGGAUGGUCGGGACCGAGAGCAAGGGCCGUGGCCAGAAGAGGGCUGUGAAGACCAUCCUCCGACCACCAACUACUUACAAGUACGUCAUAGGCAUGUCCGGGUUCCCGUCUAAGGUUCCUGUUUAUCCGAAAACCAACAUGUGAACCAAACUCACCGCUACCGUUCUAUCGCCGUACCUGCUACACUUUUGGAACCUCAUCGACUAUAUACACAUCAACCUCCGUUUAUCUUCGAAUUUUUGUACCACCUCCACCCUCUCCUCCACCUUCAACUCCAUCACCAUCGCCAUCACCAUCGUCAUCACCAUCACCACCACCAUCGCCACCGCCUCCACGGUUGCAUCUGUCAAGACACUCUAUCAUUUGAGAAUUUCGUGACGUCUUUCAUGCCGUUGCACUUUGAUCACGUGUGGACAUUGCUUACCUAGAGCAAUGCUCAUCCAUUCCACCGUCACGUCAUGGUUUGAAAAAAAGGUAUAUAUAUAUUAUCGGCUAAAUUGUUCCACUGAGUCUUAAAUCAAUAGAAAUCAGCCAUUUGAUGAAUAGGCUGAAUUAAUACUAUUUAUUUUUUUUUUGGUUUCUUAAUAAUUAAUUUACGACGUGAGAGUUGUAAUGUUAGAUUUUUAAAUGUAUAAAUUAUUUUUUGAAAAAAAUGCUCCUAUAUCUCGAUUUUACUAUGCUAUAUAAUAAACUAACACGAUUUUAAAUAUUUAUAUUAUAUUAAUUAAAGUUUUUGAGGCUCGGUGGACCUAAUAGCCUACGGAGUCGAUGCAAAAUCGGCGGAAUCCGUGUACGUUCAUAUAUAUUAGGUAUUUACUAUACGUAUAAUGUAAAAAUAGUACAACCUAACCAUAGCUAUAGGUGCCUAUCAUCCUUGUGUCAUAUCCUUUAUCAUAUACAAGUAUUGUCCAUCAAUAACGUAUCCUGCAUGUUUUUAUACCAAAAAAAUGUUUUCAUUUAUAGUGAUUUCUGACCUAUCUUAUAUUUAAAUGAACGGUUAUUAUAGCUAUGGAUUAAAAAAAAUAUUUCUAAAUAGUCUAGAAAUUAAAAUCACUUAUAUACUACGAUAGUCAUAUUGCCGCCGGAUAGGACACAUUUAAAAUAUCAUUAUGAAAAAAAAACUUGUCAAUUUCAUCAUAAAAAGGUUUUUUUUUUUAAAUAUGAUAUUUUACUUGUGAUAAUUUUAGUAAUUUUGCAAUAGUAUAAACUAUGCUUAAAUAUUUUUCAUUGUACAAAAUUUAAUAUUGUUUGAUCCUCGUAGUCAUUUCCCAUUUGAAAUCUAGUGUAUAAUACGUUAUUAUAAAAUUAUUAUGUAUUAGGCUUAGGUACACAAUUUUCUUGGUAAGAUUACAUUUAAACAUUUUUGAUGUGACUGUAUUUUAAAUAGUACAGUUUGAAAUAAAAAUAAUAAUUAAUAUUAAAAAUAUAAGAGAGAUUUAUAAUACUGAAAUAUAUGAAACAUUAUUAUUAAUCUAUACCCUAUAUAGUACAUAUUAUAACUUUCAUGUAACAAUUACUAUGCCUCUCAAUUAGCGUGUGAUUUUAAUGUGUUUCGUAUGAAUUAAAUAGAUGUCGAUAGAAAUGUAACAAUAAAAAUAAAUACUAUGAUGUGAAA